AUGUCGGCUGCUACUACCGCAAAUCCCAAGCUGGUGGCUAACCAGAAGUCGCCCCGGGAGACGAUAUUUUGUGCUAUCCGACCUAUGUUGGUCAAGCCUGGAAUUCUUCCCCAUGACGACCCCGACCACAAAACGCUCAGGACCUUCAUCGAUUUCCUUGACACCACCGCUACUGAGAAGGAGCAACGUCUAAAGGUCUCUCCUUUCAGGGCAGUGGGCAACACCUUCAACUUUAGUGACCCUGCCAAGUGCCACCUCCCCACUAUCUGGCAGUUCGCCAACCACACAGACCUCGCCCGCCUCUAUGACGCCGUUUUCCGCAGCAAUAAACAGCCCGACUUCAUCAAGGCCGCCAACCUCCAGAUCUACAUCUGGUUCCCCCAGCAAGGACCUCAGCUAUCUAAACAGCCUGACACUUGCCACCUGAUUGACAUCCGGAACUUCACCCUCUAUGACUGGUGUGGCUGUCUCCCCCGCGACAACCCGAAGACAAGCCGUAUCUUGGUCCUGACGACGGACCGCAUGCACGAGGACUGCCCGCACUGGUCCAGGUACCCUGCCGCAGACGUCAAGACCGCACCCGGCAGCCACGCAGCGGCUCCCCGUGGGCCCCUUCCCACCCGGCUUGGCGUCAUCACACGCCACUUCCCUCAUGGUGUGCCAUACCCACCACCCCAGGAGGACGAGAACCCCAACGUUGUUCCUCGCCAUAUCUACGGUGGCAUCCACUUGAACAUUAGUCACGAACUGGCACUGCCGCCUUCAGGCAUCCUGUCGAAUGGCCAGCCCGUGUGGUGA